AUUUUGCAUUCUAGAUCUCGCAUCAAUAACUAGGUGCUCCAGCAGUCACCGCUACCACGUGUAGCAGCUGAGCUUAUCUGUCAACCAGAACAGCCCUCCUCGUAGCGUCACAUCCGGAACAACAGAUACAGCGGCUAGUACAGUUUCUGCCGCCCUUCCGGCUUUCGGGUCCUCGUUUUCUUCUGUUCGCGUCUUUUUCGCGGAAAAGCAGGGGCGACGCCGCGGGCUGCGGGAUGGCCUCUGAGGGCGAAUCGACGCCGGCCUUCGUGUCCGAGUCGGAGGCGGAGAAGGAAGUGCUGGUGGAAAAGGACGAGGUCGCAGCAGGGGAGGUCAUAGAGGAGGAGACCGAAACCGAGGCGGAGGAGACAGCGGAGGAGGACAACGACGAGGACGACGAUGAUGAAGAUAAGGACGAAGAGGACGGGGAGGAGGUGGAGGAGGUGGAGGAGGUGGUGAUGCUGCUGUGCGUGCUCAACCUCGACGACGGCGAUGUGCUCAAGAAGCGCAAAAUCUGGCGGAGGAUCGCCGUGCCCUCGGACUUCUCGCUGCUCGAAUUGCACGUUGCUCUCCAGAACGCGUUCGACUGGGAGGACACCCACCUGCACGACUUCACCCAGCCGCGCCGCCAUGCGUGGCGCCGCCUGCUGGACCCCGCGGCCGCCCUGGCGGACGAAAUCACCGACUCCGAGGCCGAAGCCGAGGGCGCUACAGCCAAGCUCAAGGAGAAGUCCGCUACAGCCGGUAUCAGCGCUGCUACAGCCGACGCUGUGGCUCUCCCGCCCCUCCCCGACACGCAGUACCGGGGGUUUGGGCGCACGGACUUGUCGGCUGUAGCAGAGCUGCUACAGCUGGAUUUGGAUUCCCUGCCGGCCGGGUUCACCCGCACGUUCAAGACUGUAGCGGGCGCCAAGGAGGAGGCGGCGGACGAUUUGAUUCUGACCCCGGCGAGCGCGGAUCUGGGCGGCAGCGCUGAGGUGGUGUUUGUGGAGCAUGCUGACGUGGCGGCGGAGGGAGGAGGGAAGGAGGUGGCGGCGCUGACAGGCCCUGGAGAGGUAUUGGAUGAGAGGGCGUUCGAAGUGGGGGCAGCAUUCGCCAAGACCGACCCGCUGCUCGUGUACCAGUAUGACUUCGGCAUGAGCUACGAGGUGCACCUCAUUUUCGAGGGUAAAUUCCCCGCCACGGAGGGGUGAACUACCCCACGUGCCUGGCGGGAGCGGGUGCGAGCCCUGCAGAGGACGGCAACGAUAUGGACGACGAGGGGGCGCUGCUGCCGUCGUACGACUACAACGACUUCGCCGUGCUCGAUGUGCUUGCCAACUUUGAGAAGACCUUUGAGGACUCGUGGCCCGUGGGGCCAGGCUCGGAGGACAGCAUCGACGCUCCCCGGUGCUACAUGUGCAGGUACAACCGCGAGUGCGGGCGGCGCAGGGAGUGCACGGGGAAGUGCUGCGGCUACUGCCUCAAGAAUCCGCUGCACCUGCUGGCCGGCUCCAUCUCCCUACGGGACGCUGACGCCGCGUAUGAGAGCACGGCACGGAAGGUGCUUGAGAGCAAGGUGGCUGAGAGCGCCGAGACCUAGAGCGAGAGUGAGGGGCGAGCGGGAGGGGUGAGCGGGAGGGGGAAGAAGCAUGGGGUGGGGUAGCCUCCAUUGUCCAUCUCUCUCUACGGGAGGCUGACUCGGCUUAUGAGAGCACAGCAAGGAAGGUGCGCUGGAGCAGCAGAGCAAGGCUGCUGCUGAGAAUGCUGAGGCUUAGAGAAUGAGGGGUGUGGGAAAUGGCAUGGCAUCUGGUGAGCACGAGGCAUGGCAAGGGGUUGGCCCCAUCCAUGAGACUCACAUGCGGGCUCAUGGGCUUGCUUCCUCUUGCCGAUGGUUGAUCUGUGGGGCAUGACGUAUGGGGUGGGGAGUGAUGUUGCGGCAUGAUGGUUGUCUGAGGUCACAGGUGCACUGAUGUAGCUAAACCAAGGGGAGGUAUCUUGGGGGGUUCUUAACCAUUAAAAAUAUUAUUGUACAGUAGACUGCAAUCGACUGCUCAUACGGCGGUAGCGGGGGUAAGGUGAACAUUUGGAAAUCUCAUGUAGCAUGGGCGUGGUACAUGUUAUGGUAAUCUACAUUCAUCAUAUCAUUUCACAAGCUGCACUGUAUCUUGAUUCGUGAAGCACAUGGGAACAUUACAAGCUAGCAGUGAUCGCACACAAGUGCAUAGAAAGCACAGUGCCAAACAUACCUGCCUGUGUUCUGGAACUGCGGAUAGCGCGGAUCUGGGCUGUUGGGCUGAGAAAAACCCUUUAGGA